GCGUGCCUCUCCGCCAACAUGUCGGCUUAAGAGUUUCUAUCAAAACUUUGCUCACUUCUUUCGGUAACUUAGCGCCCUUAGCGAGGGGGAGUUUGUGAACUAUGUCGUGCAUCCGGAGCUUAGUCUUACUCCAGACUUCUACGAGGAGUUUAAUUCGCCGCUUUGUCCUUUUCGUUGCAUUUAUCAGCGCCAGUUUGCCGGCCUGUGUCGGAGAGGCAGUCAGCCCGCAGAGAUGUGUGGUCUGGGGUCCGGGACUGGACCGCGACCCGGUAGUCCCGGUUCGCUAUUUCUACAUUCAGGCGGUCAAUUCUAAAGGAGAAAACCUGACUGUGUCUCCAGGCAAAGACACGUUUAAAGUGAAAAUAAGUCCACUGGACAAGAAGGAGCACGUCCGCAUCCACGUCCCUCCGCCUCUGGACCGGGGCGACGGCUCCUUCCUGAUGCGGUACCGGCUCUACGGCUCCUCUCAGGCGGGCCUCAGCGUCCAGGUCCUCCACGGGGAUGCAGCCAGAUUUCCGCUGUCUGACCCGAUGAUUCCUCACUUCUCAGGGCCCGUCUAUCACGAGUACUGCGACUGUCCGGAGCCCGAUGCUUCCCGCUGGCGGAGCGUCAUGCAGUGUCCCCCGCAGGAGCCACAAAUCCAAGCUGACUUUGAAUCUUUCCCCGUGGUGGACCUGCAGCUUCUCCGACAGGAAGUGCUCCGCAGGUUUUCUAACAGGGGAGGCCUCGUACACUACGCCAUCAUCGGCAACCGGGUGUUCCGGCGCACCCUGGGGAAGUACACCGACUUUAAAAUGUUCUCCGACGAGAUGCUGCUGUCUCUGACGAGGAAGGUGAGGGUUCCCGACGUGGAGUUCUUCAUCAACGUGGGCGACUGGCCGCUGGAGACGAGGACGGAGGGCGCCGUUCCGAUCCUGUCGUGGUGCGGAUCCACAGACACGAGGGACAUCGUCCUCCCAACCUACGAGGUCACACACUCCACCCUGGAGACUUUGAGAGGCGUCACAAAUGACCUGCUGUCCGUACAAGGGAACACAGGGCCUCCGUGGGCUAAUAAAACCGAUCGGGCGUUUUUCCGCGGCCGGGACAGCCGGGAGGAGCGCCUCCAGCUGGCGAAUCUGUCCAAGGAGCACCCGGAGCUGCUGGACGCCGGCAUCACCGGCUGGUUCUUCUUCAGGGACCGGGAGAAGCUCGUGGGCAAGGCGCCGCUCGUCGGGUUCUUCGACUUCUUCAAGGACUCUCAGUACUACGAGCACUUCUACGUCCACCUAAAGGCUGGAGCCCACUACGUCCCCGUGAGGAGGAACCUGUCCGACCUGCUGGAGAAGAUCCGAUGGGCCAAAGACCACGACGCUGAGGCGCGGGAGGUGGCUCGGGCGGGGCAGCGGGCGGCCCGGGAGCAGCUCCAGCCCCCCCGGCUGUACUGCUACUACCUCCAGGUGCUGCAGGCCUACUCUCAGCGGCAGGCGGGGCGCCCCACGCGGCACCCCGACAUGGAGCCCGUCCCCCAGCCCGAUGACCAGGCCGCCGCCUGCACCUGCGGCCGGGAACGUCCCCCGAAAGAACCCGAGGACAGGGAGGAGCUAUGA